CGGCGUUCUUCCAGCCUUGUGCCCAAUUAUCUGUAAAAUCCUGUCGCCAUGGCUUGCGCUGCGUUUCCAACGCUCACUCUCUCUCUGCUCCGACCUCGAGGCUUGGAAGGAGGCCAAGCCACUCGUGCCUCACCGUGGCCAUUACUCGCCGGCUUGGACUCCCGUAACCAGCCUACAGACCUCUCUGAAGUGUCUUCACGCAGGAACUUUGAUCGCAAGAGCUGGAGCCGGAGAGCAAUUAGGGCAGAAUUUCCACCGGAGGAAAGAGAGCCAAUGGUUCCGCCCUAUAAUGUGCUUAUCACCGGCUCUACCAAAGGUAUUGGAUAUGCUCUAGCGAAAGAGUUUUUAAGAGCGGGUGACAAUGUCUUGAUAUGUUCAAGAUCAGAUGAACGUGUAGAGUCAGCUGUUCAGAACUUGAAAGAAGAAUAUGGGGAGCAGCAUGUGUGGGGAACGGUUUGUGAUGUUAGAGUGGGAAAAGAUGUCAAAGAAUUAGUUGCCUUUGCUCGUGAAAAGAUGAAAUAUGUUGAUAUAUGGAUAAAUAAUGCUGGAUCAAAUGCAUACAGUUAUAAGCCAUUGGCAGAAACUUCUGACGAAGAUCUUAUGGAAGUUGUCACAACAAACACCCUUGGUUUGAUGAUUUGCUGUCGUGAGGCAAUAAAUUUAAUGCUCAGCCAGCCUCGUGGUGGUCACAUAUUUAACAUUGAUGGAGCUGGGUCAGAUGGAAGACCAACUCCAAGGUUUGCUGCAUAUGGAGCAACCAAACGUAGUGUGGUGCAUCUGACAAAAUCCUUACAAGCUGAACUCCAGAUGCAAGAUGUAAAGAAUGUCUUGGUACAUAAUCUAUCGCCUGGUAUGGUCACAACAGAUCUGCUCAUGUCUGGUGCCACAACAAAGCAAGCCAAAUUCUUUAUCAAUAUUUUAGCUGAACCACCUGAAGUGGUUGCUGAAUAUCUCGUGCGAAGUGUUAGAUCAGUACCCACAAGUGGAAACCAGAAGCCAACCUACAUUCGGUUUCUUACUGGCCUGAAAGCCUACUCUCAAAUUUUUUCAAGAAUUGCUUUUGGUGCUAGAAGAAACAGACACCUCAUUGAAGAUUGAAGAGUUCAAUGAUAUUCUUGUGAACAGUGCGAUGUUCACCCUCACACGAAUGAUGUUUUUUUGGCGAUCGGCUGGAGCAAACGACGGACUACAAACGAGUGUUAGUAUUUCGGCUGGAGAUGAUCUAAGUCAAUCUGAAUUCCAUUAGUAGGCAAGGCAGUGCUUAGCUGCAAAUUGAACCAGAUAUAUCCAUCUGAAUAACAUUGAACCAGAUAGAUCCUAGAAUGCUGACUGUAUAAAAAAAAAAAACCCAUUUUAUGGCCAUUCUUUUGCAUUAAUUGAGUGCAUUGUUAGAGUUGAUAGGGAAAUAUCACUUUUUGGCUGAUUCAUAAUAUCUGGAUACAGCCAUAAGAAGUCAGGUAGUUGUGCAAGUCUGAUCAUGGGACACAGUAAUCCUUGUUCUGCUUAUCGUUGCAGUUUCAUUGUGAGCUGUAAGCAGCUGCAUGGACAUUGAUGAUCCUUGUCACAUUUUAAACUAUUAAGAGGAAACUCAGGCUAGAAUAUUGUGAAUUC